AUGGCUACAUUGAAGACCUGUACUGGUGUUUGCUUCACAGGAUCCGCUUUUCCGCUUUCCAAUGUUACUACUAGUAACAAAAACACUAGGAGCUCUUGCUGGAAGCCUACACAAGCAGCUGUGAAAACCACUUUCCACCUCCCAAUGCGUAGUUAUGAGAUGAAGAAUAGAACUUGUACUGAGGACAUAAAGUGUCUGAGAUUGAUAACUGCCAUUAAAACUCCAUACCUACCUGAUGGUCGAUUUGAUCUUGAAGCAUAUGAUGCCUUGGUAAAUACGCAGAUUGAGAAUGGAGUUGAAGGUGUUAUUGUUGGUGGCACGACUGGUGAAGGGCAACUAAUGAGCUGGGAAGAACACAUAAUGCUUAUUGCGCACACUGUCAACUGUUUUGGUGGGAAUAUUAAGGUUAUUGGAAAUACUGGAAGUAACUCAACCAGGGAAGCAAUUCAUGCCACAGAACAAGGUUUUGCUGUUGGAAUGCAUGCUGCCCUUCAUAUAAAUCCUUACUACGGAAAAACCUCCUUGGAUGGUAUAGUUGCACACUUUCAAAGUGUGCUUUCCAUGGGACCCACAAUCAUAUAUAACGUGCCUUCGCGGACUGGUCAAGACAUUCCUCCACACGUGAUUAAAAACUUAGCUCAAAGUACUUGCUUAGCUGGUGUCAAGGAAUGUGUGGGAAAUGACCGGAUCAAAGAGUAUACUGAUAAUAAAAUUGUUGUGUGGAGUGGGAACGAUGAUGAAUGCCAUGAUGCUAGAUGGGGCUACGGAGCUACUGGAGUGGUAUCUGUUGCAAGCAACCUGAUUCCUGGCUUAAUGCACGAACUCAUGUUUGGGGGGAAAAAUCCUGCAUUGAGUUCUAAGCUCUUGCCUUUGAUUGGCUGGCUUUUCCAAAUGCCAAAUCCCAUUGGUUUGAACACGGCUCUUGCUCAACUUGGAGUUGUCAGGCCAGUUUUCAGGCUGCCAUUUGUACCUCUCCCUUUGGAGAAAAGGAUAGAAUUUGCCAAUUUGGUGAAGGAAAUUGGUCGACAGCAUUUUGUUGGAACUCAAGACGUUCAGGUUCUUGAUGACAACGACUUUUUCUUGGUUAGUCGCUAUUAA